AUAAAUAAAUAAACAGUCGCCAUUUUCCCUUCAUGAUAAAUGUUACAGCGCCGACACUUUUGACUUUAUUAGCUAAAAUAUUAUGGACAGGAGGAAAUCAUACACAUUUAGUAGAAAAUGCUGUGUUAAAAUCGAACAUGUUCAAGCGGGAGCGGAUAGAUACCUCGCUGGUACACUCACUGAGCAGAUCGACCGACUAGCUAAUCUCUAAAUCAUCUGAUACACCUACAUGAGAUAACUUUGGUUACGUUGGGAAAUCCACACAAUGUAGAAUCGAUGCACGUGUACAAAGAAUUUUUGAGAUCGGAGACGAAGGGGGCGGACACGAUAUUUAGCUUACACAAGCUCAUAUUUGAUUGAUAAUAAACUAAACACAUUUAUAAGAAAUUAUAACCCAGAUUAUUUUGCUUAUCAUAAACAUUUGAAGACAGACACUAUUUUCCCUCUCGAAUAACUCGUUUUGAGGAACCAACUGCUGGUCCCACGGUCUACCUGAUGAGUAUGAGCGAGUCUACAGAACCUUCUAAUGAUGCUCCCACUCUUACUGAAGACAACAUUUCCCCUGCACCUGCAGACAUCAAUCCCCCUGCACCUGCAGACAUCAAUGCACCUGCAGACAUCAAUCCCCCUGCACCUGCAGACACCAAUCCCUCUGCACCUGCAGACAUCAUUCCCCCUGCAGCUGCAGACAUCAUUCCCCCUGCACCCACAGCCUCCACCCAGUCUCAGGUGACGAUGACAACGCCGGCUGAGAAGACACAGGAGAAGAAGGCAGAGGAUGUGGUGCCCGUGGAGGAAGAGGAGGAGGAAGAAGAAUAUGUGGUGGAGAAGGUCUUGAAUCGAAGAGUCGUGAAAGGAAGAGUGGAGUACCUUCUCAAGUGGAAAGGCUUUUCGGAUGAUGACAACACAUGGGAACCAGAGGAUAAUUUGGACUGUCCGGACCUGAUUGCACAGUUUCUGCAGAAACAGAAAUCGGCUCAUGAGUCUGUGGGUAAGAGGAAGUCUGCAGAGACUAGUGUGGAAGGAGAGGAAAGUCGACCCAAGAAGAGAAAAGAUGACCCAGAGAAACUAAGGGGCUUCGCUCGAGGAUUGGAUCCAGAAAGGAUUAUUGGUGCCACUGACUCCACUGGAGAACUCAUGUUCCUCAUGAAAUGGAAAAACUCUGAUGAAGCAGACCUGGUACCUGCUAAGGAGGCAAACGUGAAGUGUCCACAGGUGGUCAUAUCCUUCUACGAGGAGCGGCUUACGUGGCACUCUUACCCCACCGAGGAGAAGGAGGAUGACAAGAACUAGCCGUUUGGUGUCAAGCUGGUUCUGAAGACUAUAGAGGUAGUGCAAGGGCAUAUGGGUUCUAGGCAGAGGGUCUGAAAAAGCAAGAUAGCAUUUGGACUCCCUUUUUGGCUUAAUAUCACCCAUCAGGUUAAACUCUUAUCUGGAUAUGAUCAGUCAAUACAGGCUAUGGGUUAUCUUGAGGAAACACAACCCUGGAAGAAAUAUAUAAUGCAGUGUUAAUUUUUAAAGAUUCACUUCAGUGAUGGUUUAUUUGGAUACUACAAGAUAAUUUUCACAUGGCACACUUGAUUAAGAGGUACAGACCUUUUUGCUAUGACAUUACUGUAUAGGCUGGUGGAGAUGUUAUCAUUCAUAGUGUUGUAAACAGGAGAACAGUGCCAUUUUGUCUUUUAACGUAAAUGUUUUGUAGCUUUUAGUGCAAAACGAUGUUAAUCUGUGCUCAUUUUGUGACGGUUUUAUUCGUGUAUUAAGGUGACUUGUUGAAAACCAUAUCUUUUUACUUUGCUCAUUUGUCCAUCUUAUCAUUCUAACAUUUUCAUAAACAGAACUUGCUUGUCUGUUUUUGGAGAAUAAACAACUUUUUGUUACA